GUGAAUCUUUUUCGAUUUCAUUGAGUUAAGUGAGCUUUUGUGAGAAAAAAUAAACUUUCCCUGGUGAAACAUGUCUGCUUUAGACGUUUGUGUGGUGAGUAACUAUGAAACUGAUAUGGUUACCCAACCCACCCACAAAUAAAAAUGCUUGUCGUCUGUUCACAUUCUCUCCACCUCCAAACAAACUUGUUCCUAUUUAUAAAACGCUUUAUGUCACUCAAUGAUCUAUUCGUGGAGGUCAUGUGCCUUAUAAUCUUUCAUUAAAAUCUAAAACUUCCCCUCCCUCUCUAAACGACUUCUCUUCUCUGCAUGACGUAUGUCUCGGACUGAGGGCUGGAUUGUAUGUAUAGUGUUCAAUGUCCGAGCUUCCAACUGCCAUCAAUCCAAUCAAAUCUGGAAGGAUGAAUUUAAGACCCACCCUACAGUUUUCUAAUUCCAAAAGCCGUUAAACUCUGAUAUACAUAUUAACAUUUAGACAUCUCAACUUACGUUUCAUGGCAACUUGAACGUAUUUAUCUCUUCAGGGUUUAACUUUUGUUCUUUCUCAUCUCUAUCCAAGGAUAAAUUAUACUGUCACCCUGAAAUGUACCAUCUCUCAUGUCAACAGACGGAGCGCCUGUACCUUGACUGAAAAAGUCACUUAAGACAUCAAAGACAUAAAGUUUCUUCAUUGCAGAGAGCUGGCAGAGUCUAAAGAAUUAUUCAAAUAACUUAGUAAUUAAGUAAAGAUAAUAAAAAACGUUAAGCAUGAUAAUAUCAUGUUAUUAUGCAUAAUAUGAAAAUAAAGUUUAGAAUAGCUUUAACACUUGUUAUACUAUCAGCCGUGAUUAUUCUAUUCGGUUCUUUAAAGAGCUGCUUAAUUGCAUUUUGUUUGCCAGGUUGGCUGAAUUGCAGUAAAUGUAGUGAAUGAUCUAGAGGAUAUUUAUGUUGGAAGGGUUGAGAAAACCCCUGUUGGUCUGUACUUUCAUCUCUACCUUUCUCUGAAUGAACAUGAUGAAGAUUAUCCAGUAUUCUUUUUACCAGCCAGACACAUUCCUGUUUGUGAUUAUCUAAUAGGGUCCAGUAGACAAAAAACAGUCGAAGGUGUCCUUCUUACAAUUUUCAAUGCAGAAGGCCCAGUUAUUGGCAUUUGCUUAGUAAAGCAUAUGUUAGGGUCAUUUGAACCAGUCCCUUACAGGAACAUUAUAGACUUAAUGUAAGUUCUGUUUACAACAUUGGUGGCGUAAUAUUGGUUACAGCCGGAAACAAUCAUUCAGACUCGCCUGUUAUGUGAAGAUUAGGAACUGCAUGGUUUGCCAAAGUAUUUCACUUGCUUAGUCAAGUGUGUAAGGUCAUUAUUAUUGAAUUUCAUUGUUGUGCAUGAAUGGGGUGACACUUUGACCUGAGUCUCUCUAUGAGUUUCCUGCUUAUUUCAACUGUCUACAUUAUACCACACCAUCCUGAAAAAACACUGGCCCACCCCUGAGUGCUGUGUGAGUUAAGAUGGCCAGCUGUAGGGUUUACAGCAGUUUAGGAUGAGCUUUAGUUAUCUGACUUUAUCACAGUUCAGAGGUCAUUGAGAGCUAGAUGGUCAUUAAAUUAAGAGUUUGACUCCCUCAGGGUCCGAUCAAAUUUAUUCAUACUGUCUCUAAUUGACGGAUAUGACAAGAAGAUAUUCGCCUCUGGCUAGUGUUGUGACAGCACACACAUAUGACGCAAGAAGGAUUAUGUUCAUGUAAUUCUGGUCAUGUUAAGAGUUUACCACCACGUAGUCUGUGUUCAUCAUGUGCUAUUGUACCAAUCUUUAGCGCAACCUGAUGUCAUUCUGACACGUACUGUAAUUUCCACUUGUAGUAAAUUUAAUGCAAUGUUCAUGAAAUGCACCAUUCUCCUGGUGCUAUUGAUUAUUAAGGUUGUUAAGAUAGAUACUGUAUACACACGCGCACACACACAUAUACUGUAGAAUGUCUCAACAUCCUAUUUUCAGGUUAAAAUGAAGCUCUCCACUCAAAACCAUUAAAACUUUGUGAAAAAGCAAAUAUUUUCCCCAACGAUGACACACAAGUCCUCCGAAACACUCAUACUGCGACAUAGUCUCAGACGCUGGUGAGAUCAAUUCAAAACACUAUUCUUGAAUCCCAAUAAGAGGUUUAAGCAACAGAGUAAUUUGACAGCUCAGUGUCUAUUACAAUAUACAACCUAAAAGAGUGCCGAAUGAGCAAAAUGUAAAGUUGAGCUUUAGGGAAAAUUAAACUGCUUUUACUUACAUGACAGUAGAUGAAGUUGACAAGAACUAAAAAAAACAAUGAUAUUGCAAAUGCAACACAAUAUAGAACAGAAGUGCAUAAAUCUAUAAAUAAACAUGGUAUCCUAUGCACCUUUGGCCAAUUUUCGUUAAAGGAUACUACAGCAAUUUCUUGGUCAUCUGACAAAAGAUUUUUUGUUAGUAGUAGUCUUUAAAGAGCACGUUCCCCGCAAUCCCAUUUUCAACGUUUAGUUAGUGUGUAAUGUUGCUGUAAGAGCUUAAACAAUACCUGCAAAAGGAUAAAGCUCAAAGUUCAGAGAUAUUGUCUUUAACAGAAUUUGCUUUUAUGGGACUACAGAGAACUGCUGGAUCGGACUACAGUCCUCUACUUCCCGGGUACAUGAUGUCACUAUUCCGAGUGCUUUUAAUAUCCUCCGCCCAAAGGAAUAAGCCAAAAAAGGGGUGAGGCCUUCCUUAGAGAAGAGGAAGAUCUGCUGGAGUAGUGUUCGGUUAUUAGAGAUUUCUAAACAUUUGACUGAGCUAAGCUACUUUCACUUUCAUCACAGUCUUACAGCUGGUAAUAAGAAUUCAGCUAUACAUUCUAAGAUAACCAACGGUCAAAUCACAGCUUCCAUGACUUUAACAUUGGCUGUUAAAGCUGUUCUGUGUAAUACACUGAUGUUGUGUGUGUGAUGGCAUACCUCUGUCUAAAAAUCUUCUAUGAAACGUCCUUUGAAGUCCUGCUUGCAAAUGUCUCCUAGUCAAUCUGCUUGUUUUACUAUCCAACUCUGGUCCAAUAUAAAAAGGCAAAACUAACGCUUCUGUUAAUUAAUAUAACCAGUCUCACGCCAUUCGGUCCGGGGUCAUUUCCCUCGCCAUAGUAGGGAAAAAAUUGCGAUCUCUAACAAAGAUUGACAUUUGCACGUCAACUAGCAGACCUCCGUUACAGUUCGAUCGAUCCACAUGUUAUUAACUGAUAAAGUGAAGUUGACGCCAUUGUUACUGUUAAUUGCUCAAAGCCAAAGUUUUUUGAAUACACGUGCACUGAGAGGCUGAUAUGUUAUGGGUGGGACAUCUUCAAACACACACUCUAAGCGGGGACCCAAUCCAACAGACCGGGUCAGCUUUAACAAUCAAAGCAUUUUAAAUGGUGAUCAGUUUCAUGAAUUGUAAAUGUAAAUGCAAAGUUAAAUGUACGAUAUUUAUGUUUUCGGAGUAUAAACCCCAAGAAGCAAAAUCACCAGUCUCCCACGGAGUAAGCCAGUGGCGACAGUGCCAAGAAACCAGAACUCCACCAAACUUAGGAUAUGGAGGAUAAAACCUUGGGAGAGACCAGACUCAAUCAGGAGAAACAGUUCUCCUCUGACAUGUAACACUGCUGCAACUUCAAAGAGAAUGAAUACUGUAAGCCAUGAGAUUCAACAGAAAUAUAUAUGUGUGAAAAGAGAGCUUGUGGGAAUAGAAAUUUUUUUUACAGCUCUGUCCCAUAUUACACUGGCUUUGGUUUCCUUUAGGUUGUGGCUGUAGUCAUCAGAAGGUAGUAGAAGCAUGAGCAUCUGGUUGAACUGAGAUGAGCAUCAGGCCAGAUCCAGAGCUGGGACUGACAGCCUCUGGUGUUCUCGGGAACCCGACAAACUGUCAAGCUGCUCACAGAAACUGAAAUAAAAUAAAACCGUAUGAUGCGGUGCUGUGAGUGCGGGGCAUCCCUGUCACACUGGUACUAUGAAAAGGAUGGCCGUCUCUUCUGUAAGAAGGAUUACUGGGCUAAAUUCGGAGAGCUGUGUCACGGAUGUUCGGAGCCCAUCACCACUGGACUCAUUAUGGUUGCUGGAGAACAGAAGUACCACCCGGAAUGCUUCACGUGUCUAAACUGUCAAGCUUUUAUAGGAGAUGGAGACACAUACGCUCUGGUGGAGCGCUCCAAACUUUACUGUGGUCACUGUUAUUAUCAGACCAUCGUGACACCUGUCACCCUGCCCGAAUCUCCGUGCUCUAGGAUUCCUCACACAGUCACUCUGUUGUCCAUUCCCCCCUCCACCGAUGGCAAGCGUGGAUUCUCUGUGUCCAUAGAUCAGGGGCCGAGUCCCAACAGAUACUGCUCCGACCACACUGUCAGAGUCACAAAGGUGGACUCUGAAUGCGUCAGUCCAGAUGUGAAGAACUCUAUUCAUGUUGGUGAUCGGAUACUCGAGAUCAAUGGCACCCCGAUUCAGAAUGUUCCUCUAGAUGAGAUUGAUUUGCUUAUUCAGGAAACCAGUCGAUUGCUGCAGCUAACUAUUGAACAUGAUCCACAUGACCUCGGGCAGCCUAUGGACCAGACCGACGGCCCCACGCCCCUUUCUGAGGGGUCUAGUCCCGUCACCCCCAUCACACGACCCCCGAGUCAGGAGCUCAAUAACCUACGGUCACGCAUGAUCACGCGCAGCUACAGUAUUGACAAAUCCCCCAGCUCCAGUAACACGCCAUCGCCAAUGUCUCUGAGGAAAGACAUCGGCCGUUCAGAGUCACUGCGAGUCAUGUCCAACCACAUGCACCGAAUAUUCAGAGCCUCUGACCUGAUCCAUGGAGAGGUGCUUGGGAAGGGCUGCUUCGGCCAGGCCAUAAAGGUUACUCACAGGGAGACAGGGGAGGUGAUGGUAAUGAAGGAGCUCAUUCGCUUUGAUGAAGAAACACAAAGGACGUUCCUUAAAGAGGUGAAAGUAAUGAGAUGUUUGGAUCAUCCUAAUGUCCUGAAGUUCAUCGGUGUCCUCUACAAAGACAAACGGCUCAAUUUCAUUGCCGAAUACAUCAAAGGAGGGACACUGAGAGAAAUAAUCAAGAAAAUGGAUAGCAGUUAUCCGUGGAAACAGAGAGUCAGUUUUGCAAAGGACAUCGCCUCUGGCAUGGCGUACCUGCACUCCAUGAACAUCAUCCAUCGAGAUCUCAACUCGCACAACUGUCUGGUCGGAGAGAACAACAGUGUGGUGGUGGCAGACUUCGGUCUGGCCCGGCUCAUGGUGGAAGAGAAAACCCAGGACAAACUGACGUCCGGACAGGUGCCCACUGUAAAGAAGGCAGACCGGAGGAAGAGGUACACUGUGGUGGGAAACCCGUACUGGAUGGCUCCUGAAAUGAUCCACGGAAAGAGGUAUGAUGAGAAGGUCGACAUCUUUUCCUUCGGCAUCAUACUGUGUGAGAUUAUAGGGCGGGUAAAGGCUGACCCUGACUAUUUGCCCCGGGCGAUGGAUUUCGGGCUGAACGUGAAGGGUUUUCUGGAUGAGUUUUGCCCUGCCGAAUGCCCAACCUCUUUCUUCCCCUUGGCGGUUCUGUGCUGUGACCUGGACGCUGAGAAAAGGCCUGCGUUCACUAAGCUGGAGGCUUGGUUGGAGAACCUGAACAUGCAUUUGGAAAUGGGUUUGCAUUUGGUGUCAGAGCUGAAACACAUUCACAGUGACUUCUGGCAGAAACAAUUACCCAGCAAGCACGAGCUGCACACCCAUCUGGAGCAGCCGGAGUAACCUGUGAUCUCUGAUGAGCCCCUGAUGCUCUUCACAGAAGACAAUGCUGACAGAGGGCCAGCGAGGGCGGUCAAAUCUUAUGCUUAAACAUUUCCUUGAAGACUUGGAGGUCCAUUCCAUUGCUGGGUUGAUUGGUCGAUGGUCACACACACCGGGCUGAAGAAAUUCAGGCAUCAAAUCAUUUCACAACACAUUGCUUGUGUGUCAAUACCAAACGGCAAUGCCAUGACAGUUUGUAUCUGUUACCAUAAAAGUUUCAGUUGAAAGGCUUUCGCUGUCAACUGUUGUAAACAGGCGUUUUGAGUGGCGCUCAUGUCCGUUGCAGAACCUCUGCGUUACAACAUCAGAAACUUAAUUGUGGUUCAUCCGUCAUAAUGCAUUCAAAAAUGCAUGUCUGAAAAUUGUUGUGUGAAAGGUCAGACUUAUGCCGCAUAACUUCAACAGUCAAUCUAGUUUCAUCUCGUUAUUGUAAUUAGAAGCAAUUUAUUGAGUAUUUAGAACGCCUGUUUUUUGCAUUCUCUACGUUAGGUAAAUUCAGUAGUCAUUUCAUGAAAACCAACAGUGUUGGUUCUGGUAGUAUUCUACAUCUGUUCCGGCACGGUGAUGUCGGGCACGUUCUAGGGCUGUGCAAAAAUAUACAUAAAGCAAACAUCACAAUAUUUCUUUCAAGAUAUUCCAAAUUCUAUCGCUAGGCCUACGUAUUUUUUUAAUCAUGUACACCAGGCCAUUGUCUUAAAAGCGCGUGUGCAUUGCUCUCCAGCAUUCAGAGCUAACAUGUGGGUGCACUUUAAAAAUAAGUCUGGAAGUAAUAAAUCUAAUGAAACAAAGUUUGUGGGUAAGCACUCAGUCACAUUUGUGAUUCAAUGCACAUUUAUGCUACACUCUCGUUUGGCACGACCCAGUUUAGGAACCUCUACUCUAGAGGUCUAUUUAACGCAUCACAAUAUAUUGGAUUGUGAACAUCUAGCAUGAGGUCCUUUCCAAUACACAGCCCUAGCACGUACUUUGGUGUAAAUUUCUAUAUGUAAUAUAUAUUGUAAAUGUUUGACAUAUUGUAUAUGUGCGGGAAUUAUUUUGUAUACAGAUCCCAUAUAAGCAUAUUUUUUAUUUGUACAUAUGCUAAAAGACCCUCGACUACAGAACCUGAGAGAGGUCACUUUAAAUUUAAUUAAAUUUUAGUGGCUUAACAUUUGUGUCGACAAAAAAAAGAAAAUGAAAUACACAUGUCUAAGGCAUUUACAGAUCUUUAGUGAUUAACUGAUCCUUUGUCGGAGUGAAUCUCACAAAAACAUGUCUGUGCCAAAUAUUUCAGUAAAGUUAAAUAUUUUUUUUGCAUUUCCUGGCAAUGGAUGAAAUUUUACAGCUAUGAAAAUUUUCACCAAAAAACAUGCUUUAGUUUCUUUUAUUUUGGACUGCGGUGGUUCACUUGAUCACUGUUACAAAUUUUCUGCAUCUUACCAUUUUCUGCAGUUUAUUGUGAACCGUUGCAAAAAUGCUGUAGGAGCCCUCGUUUACACAACCCUACUGCCUGUAAAUACCUUACACAAAAUACUUCCCCUUAACACUUUUCCUUACUUUUUCCGGAGACACUCUGCAUGAAGUCACUCGUCAAGUGUCACACCCUCCAAUCCAAGUCCAGCUAUCCUCGUAAUGAUGAGCAAAUGUUCUUAAUAAUAAAGAAACAGAGGAGGACAGCAAGGAAAGCAUGUGCAUAGAUGAAAGUCAAAGACCAUUCAAAGAAAAACAACCUUAAUUUCUCAAUAGAACCACUAUUAUAUCUGUUAGAAAAUUAUUUUAUUUGCACUAUGUGAAGAAGGGGCUACCUCAGAAGCCUUUACAUUUUUAGAACUGAGAUUUUUGUAAAUAUGAAUGAAAGUCACUGAUUGAGCCUUUUGUGAAGUUUGGCCCCCAUCUCCUGAGCAGAUAGCCGAUAACAUGACAGACUGGAGAUUUAGCUAAUAUUAGUCGAUUUGAAUGUGUGCAUUGGCUUGAUUCAGAUUCAUGGGAUUAAUUGCCAUAUUUAAGCACUGCCUUCUUUAGUUUAAAGCAGCACAUGGCCUGAUCUUGCUCAUAUACAGUACCGAUAGUUACCUGUUAAAAAGCCAUUUCACAUCUCCAUUUUGUCUUUAACCAAACAAAAAAGACACCACACACAUUAAUUUCAGUAGCGUGUCUGUGUGUGAGAAAGGCUACUCGGGAGUGUGGUCACACUACUGCCUAUCGAGGAGUUUUUGUUUUGACGCUUCCUAACAGUUAAAUCUUGUCAAGUAAGCUUGAAUGAAUCGCCGCUAGCCUGUACCGUAAAAGAGCACUUAAAUGAUGUAGUCUAGCUUUGAACAUUUAUAAGUCCAACUCAGGGCACCAGAACUGGAAAAGAAGGUCAUGGCAUAGAUGGAAAUCAUAGUAGAAUGUGAUGACAGAUUUGUACAUGCAACAAGAGUUGAACAGUUCAUAAACAACAAUGUGUUUGCCAUGUACCCUGAACUUUUGCGAAAAUGUCACGCACGUUUUCGGCAGACAUGAAUGAAUGCUUAAACAAUGGUUUUACCUCUCGAUAUUGCUGUGCCUUGGUUUUAUGCUAGCCUUUCCAACAAUUUGUAGUGCGUUUUCAGCCUGAGGAGUUGAUUUUGUUUUAUUGUCACUGCUUAGAGCAUAUGUUUUAAUGAGAAUUCCUUGUUUUUUAUAUAUUUAUAUUUUCCAAGUCUCCAUUGUCUCCAUUGUCAAGUUGAAUAUUUCAGGUACCCAGUUUUGUUUGUUUCCUGUAAUUUAAUGUUGUUAUUAAAGCUGUGAAAAUUACUCUGCACUUUAAACAUACUGGCUGUGAACGACCAAUAUUCAAGAAGGCGACUGUAAUUCAUUAAACUGAUGAUCCUGAUCUUAA